AAACAGGGGAAGUUAGUUAGUUAGGUUUAGGGGGCUUCGCGGGUUGAUUUAGUAAUUAUUUAACUUCGAUAUAAAACCCACAACCACAAAGUGGAACACUUGAAUAAAUCCUAGAAACAAGGCAGCUUCUUCCUCCGCCGCUCGCUCAAGCUCAAUUCCUCUGGCUUUGACGGUUGCAGUCUGUAGCAGAAAAACUGCCAUGGCGAAGAAGGAGGCGGGUGUGGAAGAGGAUGACGUGGAUUCUUUUUUAGCGAGUUUGGAUCCUGAAUGCGAAUACUGCCCUCCCCAGCUGGUGCAGAAGCUGUUUGAGUCGAGGGCAAUCGGUUGCAUCACCGCACUUCUGGAUCGCAAAGUCGCUCACAAUCAGCUCGAUCUCCGCCGUCGGCUAGCAAACGGCCAACGGCCGAUGUGCUAUGCUGCUAAGCUAGGGUUUCAUCAGGGGUUACAGCUUUUUCUUCGCCAUCGGAUUCAUCCCACGGAUAAUUUCUUGCCGGACGGUUCGGAUUCCUAUUCAAAUAUUCCUAAGGAUGAAUAUGGGGGUGAAGUCAUCGACUUGGCAUUCGAGGCAAGUUGCGAGGAAAGGAAGAAGAAGCUGGGUGAAGAAAUUACCCUCUCUCAGUUGAUCCUCUGGCUGCCGGAAUGGAUCUCCGAGCCCGGCAAUUUUGCCUGGUGGCACACCGUGAAGCUGCUGGGACGCACCUGUUCCAUUAACAUCGAGUCGAAAGCCUUCGAGUAUGCAGUCAAUGGCCAGGCGACACAGCUGCUCUGGCUUCUGCUUCUAGUCCCUGAUCGAAUUCUCUCCCCGACAUUCUUUCGCGCCAUACCAAUGUUUAAAGAUCGUUUGGAACUUUUCUCCCUCCGCGAUUUCCUUACCGCUCAGCUAGCAGUCGUGACCGCUGACAGCCUCAGCAUUCGACACCACGAUCCCAGCCAAAUGAGCAACAAGUCGUCGUCUUUGGAGUUGAAGAGGUUGAUUCUUGCCACUUCCCUGCGAUUACUUGAAGUCUUUCACAGGGCUGGCCCCCAGUUGUCUUACUUGGUGGCAACCUUAGAAAAGAAGCAUCUUUCAAAUAUCCCAAUUGCUCAACAGGUCAAGACUGUGUUAGAGGGAGCUGGGGUCCCCUUGACUUCUCUGGAUUGCCCUAUUAUAGCACAUCCCUAUCAUUCAGAGAUUAAAGACUAUGCCAGUGCAAGCCAUAAAGAAGCAUAUCUCGAAUUGGUCUUCUUGAUUCGACCGGUGCAUGUUUGCAGAAGUGAAGUUCUUGGUUCACGAUUCAGUAGGGCUAUUGGGAAGUUGUGCCAUCAUCCUUAUCUGAAGGAAUGGAGCCCCCAAAAUUCUGUUUUCAAGUUGCUUUUCAUAUUUUGCCUCCCUGACUUGGUAGAAAAGAUGCAAUGCAUGCUGCAGUUACAGCUUAAGCAUCGUAACCCUGCAAAGGUCAUCUGUCCCACCUAUCUUGCCGAAUUAUGUUUCAUCUAUAUGACAGAGGGGCGCAUUGUUGAGUUCACAGCUGCUCUAAUGGCCGUACAAAUUCUUCUUCGGCUGGACCAUCCACUAAUUCCUCAAAUGUCUUUCCAUAUAGUGGGCAAUAAAAAGUCUCCCCCAACUGUUUAUGAAUAUUUACUGCAUCAAUUGAAGAAAGUGCUUGACGAAGAAAUCUCCUUAACCGGAAAAAGCGAGGACAGUGUUACUGUUCAGCUUGUCAAGGAGAAACAAUCGGUGAUUUCUUCUGCAUUAUUAUUAACAAAGAUAUUCGAAAGGUCUGCACAACAUAUAAAUUGGUAUCUUCACUCAGCAAGAUAUGAGGUAAUACAAGAACGUGGGGAUUUGAAGCUGAUUGUAGAUGAUGUUGCUUCCUUUCUUGAAGACUCGGGCUUUUUGUUAACAUCUCAAGACAUUUGUGUGAAUCACAUGGAGUGGUAAGCGUCGGUUGUUCUUUGGCGUCUUCCCCCCUCUCGACUGACGAUUUAACAUGUUUGGCAACUCUUGUUUCUAUGAUUCUCCAUCAACCUGUCGUAGUUUCCUUUUGUCCUUCCAACUAAUUGUUGCAGUUUCCUCAAUGUCUUCUCUAAUUCUGUGUUUGGGUGUCGUGUUAGUUUCUCAAGCAAAUCAAGUGUUAGCAAAACUGAGUUAAAAGGAGAUUCAUGGCUGUUUGGGCCACAUAUGCAGAGAGCUUCAUAUGUAAAGGAGAAGAAAGCAACUGGAGUGUCGAAGGCAAUAAUGUCAGCCGAAAACAUUAAAUCUUCUUUGCUUGUUGGUUCAUCCAUUAACAAGCUUUCAGCACGCUCUUAUCACUCAUUCCCAAUGCUUAGGUAUGGAGCAUCUAAGGGCGUCUUGGUGCCUACACAAGAUGGGGUCAAUUUGUUAACGAAAGGGGUCGAGUCUGCAAGAUGGUCAGAUUCUAUACUGAGAAAGAGCUCGAGGUGUUUGACAAUGACUAGGAGAAUAAUUUUGCGUCUGUAACUCUACCCGGGGCUUUGCUCGUGUUGUAGUAGUAGUCAUUGUUACACAAUAGACUUUGAGAGUAGAGCAGGUUGAACUAUUGUUCCUAGAACAUCAGAAAACUGUGCCAAGACUUAUUUUCUUCUUCUUCAUCAUCAUUUCUGCAUUCAAAAUCAAGUCUCAUGUAAAAGUGAACGGCCUAUGUUCCUUCUCUUCUUUUGUACCCUGUGUAUCUUCUCUGAUAUAAUCGAGAAAUCCUUUUCUUGUUACUGUUUUCAAGGCAAAUGGCAGAAAAUGGAAGG